UCACUCGCUGCGGGAGAGGGAGGGUCAACAUGGCGUCGGAACAGGAAAGUUCAAAUGGGCCCAUGAAGAAGUCCAUGCGGGAGAAGGCCAUAGAAAGGCGCAACGUGAACAAGGAGCACAACAGUAACUUCAAAGCAGGAUACAUCCCCAUUGAAGAAGAACGCCUUCAUAAAACCGGACUAAGAGGACGUAAAGGAAACAUGGCUGUCUGCAUCAUCGUUCUGCUCUUCCUCCUCGCCUUAAUAAACCUUAUUAUAACGCUGGUGAUAUGGACUGUGAUUCGAAUUGGUCCAAACGGUUGUGACAGUAUGGAGUUUCACGAGUCUGGUCUCCUUCGAUUCAAACAAAAAGCUGACAUGGGCAUUGUUCACCCACUGCACAAGAGCACAAUAGGAGGCCGCAAAGACAAGGAUUUGGUGAUUGUUGGCAACAACAACCCCGUUGUAUUUCAACAAGGAACUACAAAGCUGAGUGUAGAGAAGGACAAGACCUCGGUUGUCAGUGACAUUGGAAUUUCAUUCACAGAUCCACGGACACAAAACACAUUUUUCAGCACUGACUUUGAAAAUCAUGAGUUCAACCUGCCCAAAGGAGUUAAGGUCCUCAGCGUCAAAAAGGCCUCCACAGAGAGGAUCACCAGCAGCGCGUCCUCUGACCUGAACAUCAAAGGGGACGGAAAGGCAAUAAUUCGCGGUAAUGAGGGAGUGAACAUCAUGGGACGCACCGUGGAGUUUAAAAUGGGUGGAGGCAUUGAGCUUAGAGCUGAGAACAGUAUUGUACUCAAUGGAUCUGUCAUGUUCAAUGCCACUCGAAUCCCAAACUCUGCUGGACAUGUGUAUUUUGAUGAGGGUCUGGAGCGGUACAAGUUAUGUAUGUGUGCAGACGGGAUGCUUUUUCGAGUUCAGGUGAAGUUUCCAAAUAUGGGCUGCCAAACAUCUGACAACCCAUGUAAAAAGGCUCAUUUUUAAACUGGACUGAAUUUGCUGUUUAAUGUGUGUAUACCACUCAGUAUUCAAACUUUACUAUUAUUUUUACUAAAUGAAAUUCUCCCUUGAUUUGUCAAGAUACCUCAUGAUUUUGUUUCUGAAAAAUAACAUUUGGCGCCAGAGGUACUCAGAGUUUAAUAUUGAAGUUGUGAUAUUAUUUUGUACCUGUGAUAAAUUAUCUACAUAUGAUGCAACAGGGCAGCACUUAACAUCUCAUCUAAUGUCAUACUGGGUUGAGCCCAAAGGAAUGUUCAUUGACCGUCCAGUAUUAGAUACAACAAUGAAGAGAUGUAUGGCAUUGUACUUGCUCUGGCAGCUGUUAAGGACAAGUGUGAAGACACAAAUAUGAUGAUAUGAAUUAUAAUUACAUUCUUUUAGACCAUAUAAAAGUAUACAAAAGAACAGGUUUCCUUUUGCACAUUUCUAUCAUGCACGUGCCAAUGGAUUUACAAGGGAUUAUAAUAAAUAUAUAUAAAUAUAGCAUAAUAUCUUGCCUUUGUUGCUUAAGCUUUUUUACAGUAAAUAAAUAAUAUAGGUGUGUUUGCACUAAGGCAGAGAAUGAAAUAAUCAUUGAAAGCUUUUAUUAAGUGAUUUGGAUUUUUGUGCAAUAUAUGUUUUAAGUUUGUUUUGCCUUAUUUGGUCUGUUUUUUAACAGCAAUGUUUUAAGAUGUUUGACAAAAUAUCAAUAUAAUGUUCUCAGAAGAUAACUGACUUUAUGCGUGGACUGGAAAACAAAGAAGGCGAAUGGCCUUCUGUUGAAAUGUAUUUGUUUCAAUAAAGAAACAUGUUGAAA